GUCUUUUCGGUAUAUCAAUAAAGUUUUGUGUUUGGAAUAAGCUGGGAGUGUAAAAUAUGCGUUUAGUAUUAAUUUUUGUGAUAUUAAUCACAAUAUCAACAAUUUUAGCCAAAAAAUCAAAAGACGGCGAAAAGCCAGAAUGGGCUAAAAAAGAUAUUAGAGAUUAUUCUGAUGCUGAUUUCGAACGUUUAUUAGAUCAGUGGGAGGAGGGCGACGAUGAGUUAGAGGCUGACGAACUCCCAGAACAUUUGCGACCUCAGGCAAAGCUUGAUUUAACAAAACUUGAUCCUAACAAUCCAGAGGAAAUACUUAAAGCCUCUAAAAAAGGUCGUACGCUUAUGACAUUUGUAUCAGUUGGUGGUAAUCCAACAAGGGAUGAAGCAGAAAGUAUUACUAAACUUUGGCAAACUAGUUUAUGGAAUAAUCAUAUACAAGCCGAGCGCUAUAUGGUUGAUGAUGAUAGAGCAAUAUUUAUGUUUAAAGACGGUGAACAAGCUUGGAGAGCAAAGGAUUUUUUAAUACAACAGGAACGCUGUAAAGGUGUAACUAUUGAAAAUAAAGAAUAUCCCGGAGUCUAUGCCGAAACUACAGACGAAAAAGAUGAAUUGUAAAAACUGGAUUUGUGCAUGCGCAAAGAGUAUCAACUUAAGUUUAUAUUAAGUAUAUAUUAAAUAAUGGAUACGUAUUUCUAUAAAUCGAACAACUCAUUAAUUUUAGAUUAAUUUGUGAUAACUCAAAUCAUUUAAAUUUAUAUUUAAAGUGAAAUAUUUUUCAUUCCUAUAUUGUAAAUCAUUUAUAUUUUUAUAAUUUAAUAAAAAUUAAUUUCUGUGAAAUAUAUCAACUUGAAGUAAAUGAAUAAAAUUUUUGUGCCGAAA